AUCUUACAUAGAAGAAGAAAAGCGAAAAGUCAUGGCGGCUGACAGUUUGUAAUGAGCCAACAAAAACAGACAAGAUUCUUGCUUCGGAUCUACAACAUUUAAACUAGUCCCGGGGAUAUAAAAAAAAUUAAGAAACCCCGGACGACAAAAUGCAGAUAACUUUGAAAACCUUACAACAGCAGACGUUCAAAAUCGACAUCGAUGAAGAGGAGACGGUGAAGGUAUUGAAAGAGAAGAUUGAAAAGGAGACGGGGAAGGAAAACUUCGCAGUUGAUGGACUGAAACUGAUAUAUGCUGGUAAAGUCCUCAACGAUGACACGGCUCUCAAAGAAUACAAAAUCAAUGAGAAGAACUUUGUGGUCGUCAUGGUGACGAAGGCUAAAACGGCCCCAGCCACUCCGCAGCCGUCACCUGCCACUUUGGCUACCAGCAUUGCAGCCCCCGCAGCCCCUGCGGCCUCAUCGUCCGGCUCUGGAAGCGCAUCAGAUCGAGCCUCCACCGACGACAAACCGGAGGAGACGCAGUCUUCGACCGCCGAGCCAGCGUCCACUCCCGUCGGAAGCUCCGAGGCGUCAACAAACACAAACCUGAUUGAUGAGGCGGUGUCUAAUCUAGUGACGGGCCCAUCAUACGACGCCAUGGUGACCGAGAUGAUGCUCAUGGGCUACGAGAGGGAGCAGGUGGUAGCAGCUCUGAGAGCGAGCUUCAACAACCCAGACAGAGCUGUGGAGUACCUGCUCACAGGUAUUCCAGGCAGAGAACCGGGCAUUGCAGCGGGACCAGUGGGGUUGGUGACUCCAGUGAGCGUUCAAGCUGCACCCAUAGGUGGUAUUAGCCUUCCCGCCAACACUGGCUCUUCUCCAAGUGCUGGGGGAGGCAACCCGCUCAGUUUCCUGAGAAAUCAGCCGCAGUUCCACGUGAUGCGACAGCUGAUCCAGCAGAAUGCCGCCCUGCUUCCUGCCCUGCUGCAGGAGAUCGGCCGGGAGAACCCUGAGCUGCUGCAGGAAAUCAGCAGCCACCAGGAGCAGUUCAUCCAGAUGCUGAAUGAACCCAAUCCAGAGGCGGUGCCGGCAGGUGGCGGAGGUGGAGCGGGAGGAGCCGGGGGAGCCGGAGGGAUAGCGGGUGACGCACCCGGCGGGAGUCACAUGAGCUACAUCCAGGUCACGCCACAGGAGAAAGAGGCCAUUGAGAGGCUAAAAGCUUUAGGUUUUCCGGAGGGACUCGUCAUACAAGCCUACUUUGCAUGUGAGAAGAACGAGAACUUGGCCGCCAACUUCCUUUUACAACAGAACUUUGACGACGAUUAAAUUUUCUUUUUUUUUCCUCCUACUUUUUGAUUGCUAAAUGUGUACAACAAGCCUUUUACAUUCCCCCCCCCCAAAAAAAAAGAUUUAUUCGCCACUUCCACAUUUACCUUUCUUAAUAACUCUGGAUCAUUAUCAGCGGUUUAUGAUCAGUUUGAAAAGGAGAAACAAUUAAAGUACUAUAACUUUGCAUCAGAUAUCACAUGUGUGCUAUUGAUUUUCUUGAAUCAGUUAGUUAAUCGAUAUGAUUUUGCAGUGUCACAUUUUAAGUGAGGUUUGUUCAGUAUAGGUCUGACAGUAUUCAUGCACUCUUGUUUAGUUUUAUUUUUUAAGUUGACAAGUAAUGGAAAUUUGAACAAAUUAAAAGUUGUGCACAACGUG